CAUUUAGAUGUUGUACCUUGGAAAUUUCAAGCUUUGCUCUUCACGUACAACACCUAUACCGCAGGAGAUCGCAGAUUAAACUCAAAGACCAACCCUCGUUUUCUCCUUUUGGUCCUCGCCAAGCCCUUCUUCACAGCUUCGAAUUCUUCUGCCUCAGAUUGCACCAUCGUCCUCACCGUUCCUCAGGUCAAUGCUAUAAGCAGUCAUUUUCGCAUUGCUGGGAAGUUGUGAAGUGAAGAUGGUGAAGCUGACAAUGAUCGCUCGUGUUACUGACGGUCUUCCACUAGCAGAGGGACUGGAUGAUGGCCGUGAUAUACAAGACUCGGAAUUCUACAAACAACAAGUCAAGGCCCUAUUCAAGAACUUGUCAAGAGGUCAAAAUGAGCCUUCAAGGAUGUCAGUCGAAACCGGCCCUUACGUUUUCCACUAUAUCAUAGAAGGACGUGUCUGUUACCUGACAAUGUGUGACCGUGCCUAUCCAAAGAAACUUGCCUUCCAAUACCUUGAAGAUCUCAAAAAUGAAUUUGAGCGUGUUAAUGGGACCCAAAUUGAAACUGCUGCAAGACCUUAUGCGUUCAUUAAAUUUGAUACAUUCAUACAGAAAACAAAGAAAUUGUACCAGGACACUCGCACUCAGCGGAAUAUUGCAAAGUUGAACGAUGAGCUCUAUGAAGUCCACCAAAUAAUGACUCGCAAUGUUCAGGAAGUUCUUGGUGUUGGUGAAAAGUUGGACCAGGUCAGUCAAAUGUCUAGCCGUUUAACAUCAGAAUCUCGCAUAUAUGCUGAUAAGGCGAGAGAUUUGAAUCGACAGGCUCUGAUCCGAAAGUGGGCUCCUGUUGCCAUUGUGCUAGGACUUGUUUUCCUCCUUUUCUGGGUAAUAAAGCUCCGAUGAUCAAAACUACUUCAUCUUUGUUCUGAAACUGUGACGAUUUUGACGGGCAUCUGUUUGUUGCGGUGGACUGCUUCCAUCUGGUAUAAUCAAUGGGUUGGGAACUUCAGAUUGGCUGGGUUAUCCGCAGGAAAGAUUUAAUGAUGUUUUGGGCUUACUUUUAUUGGUGACCGAGUUUGAUUGAGAAAAUUAAUCUGUAAGAACCUCUGCUGAUGGGUACAUAUCCACCCUAUGGAAGAGAGACCCUCAAGAACAGCUUGAGGAAUCAGAUCUUAUCAUACUACUAGUUAAAGGGAAUAGAUUUUGCUAUUUAUAUAUACAUUCUCAAUUUCAUUCAUUCCUGUCUAUUAUUGUUUGUUUUUUAUGCAGCCUGCUCUGUAGCUUUAGUCUUAUCCUGUUUAUGAACUUUGGUAUUCUGAUAA